UCAACUACGCCUACCUCAGCGGCCUCCUCUCCCGCUGCGGCCGCGCCGCCGACCACCGCCUGGGCGCCGCCCUUCACGCCACCGUCGUCAAAAAUCCCGCCCACUUCCUCCUAUGCCCGCUCCACCCCUCCCUCCGCCACGUCCUCGUCGCCUGGAACGCGCUCGUCUCCAUGUACGCCAGGUGCGGCCGCCACGACGCCGCCGCCAGGGUGUUCGACGAAAUGCGCGUCCGGGACUCUAUCUCCUGGAACUCGCUCAUCUCCUCCGCCGCCGCCUCGUCAUCCGGCGCCGACGACGCGCUCCUACAGUUCAGGCGGAUGCUGCGCUCGGGCCUCUCGUGCGACCACGCCACCUUCACCACAGUCCUGUCUGUGUGCGCGCGUGCAGUGUCCCUCCCCGCGUGUGCCAUGGUACACGGGCUGGUCGUCUCGCGUGGGUUUGAGGGCGAGGUGUCCAUCGGGAACGCGCUAGUGACCGCCUACUUCGAGUGUGGAUCUCCGGACUCGGCCAAGAGGGCGUUCCAGGGAAUGACAGGGAGGAACGUCAUCACGUGGACGGCGAUGAUCUCUGGGAUGGCUCGAGCAGAGCUCUACGAGGACAGUAUCCUGUUGUUUCGACAGAUGAGGCGCACUGUGGACGCCAACAAUGCGACAUACUCGAGCUCCCUGUUAGCCUGCGCUGGAUCUCUGGCAGCCAAGGAAGGCAAGCAGAUUCAUGCCCUUAUUGUGAAGGCUGGACUCGCGACCGACCUCCAUGUAGAGAGCGGGCUCAUGGAUGUGUACUCUAAAUGCGGCUUAAUGGAUGAUGCUCUGAGUGUGUUCCGUGCAUGUCGGCAGCCUGACGAAAUUUUCUUGACAGUCAUUCUGGUCGGAUUUGCUCAAAAUGGACUGGAAGAGAAGGCGUUCGAAUUGUUCGCUGAGAUGGCGGGUGAAGGAAUUUGCAUUGAUACAAACAUGGUUUCUGCAGUUCUGGGGGCAUUCGGUGCCUCCGCGCCAAUUGCUCUUGGGAAGCAAAUCCAUGCACUGGUCAUCAAGAAGUGCUUUGGAAGGAACAUAUAUGUCUGCAAUGGUCUGAUCAAUAUGUAUUCAAAGUGCGGUGAGCUGCAAGAGUCUGUCCAAGUGUUCGAUGAGACGCCCAGCAAGAACUCAAUCUCAUGGAACUCGAUCAUUGCAGCCUUUGCGCGGCAUGGCCAGGGUUCUGAAGUCUUUCAACUGUUUGAAUCCAUGAAAGCCGACGGUGCCAAUCCCACAGAUGUCACGUUCUUAUCACUACUUCAUGGUUGCAGCCAUGUUGGAUCAGCAAAGAAGGGACUGGAGAUCUUGAAUUCUAUGUCAUCGCAGUACGGAGUCCUCCCAAGGGUGGAACAUUAUGCAUGUGUGGUCGACAUGCUUGGCCGAGCUGGUCAGUUAGACGACGCAAAGUCAUUCAUCGAGGACGGACCUUUCAAGGACAGUGCUAUCCUUUGGCAGGCCUUAAUGGGAGCUUGUAGCUUCCAUCAGAACUUGGAGAUCGGGAAAUACGCGGCUGAGAAGUUGCUCCUUGUGGACCCCGAGUCCCCUGCUUCUUACGUCUUGCUAUCAAACAUCUACUCAGCAGAAGGCCGAUGGGAUGAUCGAGCGAAGGUUAUGAAGAAGAUGAGGGAGAUGGGUCUGAGGAAGGAUACCGGCAAGAGCUGGAUCGAGCUCGAGAAGGAGGUUCAUUCUUUCGUCGUCGGGUCACUCACGUCUCGUCCUGAUUCUGCUCCUGUUGAUGAUGUGCUGCUGCAGCUGUCUGCAGUUACCGGUGAUCAUCAGGAUGAUGUGAUGGAAGACAAUGCUCUGUGAAUGGGACGUCUGGUGUGUGCAUACUUGAUUCUGAUGCACAUAAUAUAGUGAAGGCUAUUCCAUGACCAUGGCCUUCACGGUGAGCAGAACCCCAGCAAGACCAUGGUUGGUCUUCAAUCACGCUGUUAUGAUGACAUGGGCAUGGACAUGUAUGCUUCAUGGCGAGUGGCGCCCAAGUGUGGAUCAAGGGGAAGGCCAUGUCCCAGAUGAGCUGUGUGGUUUGGCCGGUGGCUCCUGGAGAUCACGGCAGAUGCUGCUGGAUUGGUAGCGCCUCGAGGAGGAGGAAGCAUAGGUUUGAGCAGCAGCACUCGGCUUGACAACGCCAUCAAAGAAGAUCAAUAGCUAUGUGCUCAGUUCAUCAUUAUAUACUAUACUCUCUCUAUAACUUAAUGUAAGACGUAUUUUUGACACUGUCAUAAACUCUAAAAACGUCUUGUAAAAGGUUACAGAGGUAGUACAUAAGGAUCUAUUUUGGAACACAUGAUACGAAAACACGGAGACGGAAAAAACAUGUAGAGUUAAUUUUAUAGAUGGAAGACAAAUCGUUCUGUAAUGCUGAAAUUGGUACAAAGUGAUGAUUCUGAAACUUAAACCGAACAAAGCGUGGGAUGACACGUUGAUGAAAGGAAAAUGGA